GAUAAGACAACAGAUAACAUGUGUGAAACCAAAUGCACCAACUGAACUCCAGCCUGAUCAAACAGCAUGCCGGAUAAGGAGAUGCACUUCUGACGUUCCACUCCAUCUACCUGGUUAAGUGUAUGGAGGCCUCAGAGAAUCCGCUCAGCUGGGUUGAGGAGUGGAACCUCUCGUUCGCAGGUUGUGGCUUCAGGAGUGUUUACCACCUGGGAGCCUCCAGCUGUAUCCUGGAGCGGGUACCAUGGCUGAUUCAUGGUGCUUCUAAAAUCUGUGGAGCUUCGUCUGGUUGCCUCGUCGCCGCAGCUCUGACUGUUGGGAUUCCACUUGAACAAUUCUGUGUCCAUGUGUUGUCGAUGGCGAAAGAGGCCCGGCAACAAACACUGGGCGUUUUCCACCCGACCUUCAGCCUGCUGCGGAGGGUACAGGAGACUCUGAUGGAGAAACUCCCAGAGGACGCUCACCGCCGGGCCUCGGGGAAGCUCUGCGUCUCCCUCACCCGACUGGCUGAUGGACAGAAUGUCUUGGUGUCAGAGUUCGAGAGCAGAGAAGAGCUCAUUCAGGUUCUCAUGUGCAGCUGCUUUUUCCCUGUUUACUGUGGUUUCACUCCACCUUCCUACCGUGGAGUGUACUACAUGGACGGAGCCCUGAGCAACAACAUGCCCCUGUUCGAGAACAGAAACACCAUCACUGUGGCCCCGUUCUCUGGUGAGAGCGACAUCUGCCCCAGGGAGGGUACUUUCAACUUCUUCGACGUGCACUACGGCAACGUCAGCAUCCAGAUCAACACUGGCAACGUGCACCGCAUCUGUACUUCCUUCCUACCUCCAAGACUUGAGAAACUGGCAGAGAUCUGUCACAACGGCUACAUGGAUGCUCUUCGUUUCUUGAGAGAAAAAGAUCUGCUUGGGACACAAUGUCUUCCCUGCAGCUUGGUGUCAGACAUGGAAACAGUCAAACCUACUUGUGAGUUUUGGAAGAAAUUGGCUCAAGCGGACGAGUCCGAGAAGACUCACCUGAACGGGUUGAAUCCUGCACCAGAGGAGGAUCACUGGCUUGACCAGAAAGUCAUAGAGAACCUCCCGGAUGAUAUCAAGAAAAGCCUGCGUGAGGUCUGCAGGGAGAGUCCUGGUGGUGUGGGUCCAUGGUCUCAGCUCACAGAGUUCCUUCCGGUCAAGCUGGUUUUGUAUCUGCUGACCUUCCUCAUGCUGCCGAUCGAGCUGAGCCUCUUACUCAUUAAAAGUGUGCUACAGUCAGGCUGUGCAGUCAUUCACAGACUGUUGACGCCGUCUACAGAUUUCUGCACUGAAGGAAACAACAGGUCUGUGCCUGCAAGGAUAAGUCUAACUGCUGAAUUGUAGCUGCUAUACGUAGACAUUUAAGUACUGGAAACCAGCAAGCCUGUAAUUAUGUGAUCUUGUGACACACCUGAAUAACCUACACAUUUUCUGCUGCUAUAUCACAACCAAUAGAGAUAAUGUGAUUACAGUUAGACCGAGAACAGUCAACCUGCUUGGUUUUUAUUCUUGCCUUUGUCUUCAUCUAGUGCGUCUCGAUGUCGGAACAGGUCCUCAAGCUCAGAUCUGACACCCGACAGGAGCAGACAAAAACAUUAAGCCACAAGUUUAAAACAAAUCCCUUUCCUUUGGUAUUCCCAACAGUAACCUCAACCUCCUCUCUCUCACCUCCACAUGUUUUCUGACCUUCGAACAUCCAAUCUGACUAAAGGUGGCGAGGUGACUUUAUUCCACAGAAGUAGACACUCAUCAUCCAUAAACCAGGCAGAAAAAAAAGCAUUGUCACUUAUUAUUUAUGUAACAUUGAUAGCUAGUUCAUGAGUACCUCACUUUUGAGUGACCACCAUUUGAAUCAUGGUGAAUAAAUUCAUUCCAGACAUCUUUUCAUAUAAGAAGUUUUGUUACCAGUGAUUUCUGCCAACAAUUCAUCGGCACUGUUUUUUUUUUUUUUAAGAAAGGUUUAAAAAUAACAUGUCAAUAUUUUUUAUAAAAACAUUCAUAUAGGAUAUUAGAAGUGUGUUUAGUGGGACACCACAAUGAAAAAUGUAAUUGGUAACAACCUAAAAAAAUAAAAAUAAAUUCAGUUCUUUAAAUCUAAAGUUAUAAACUGUGUAAAUAUAACUUAAUUGAUCUCCUGCUACCAAUUGAAGUAGUUAUUUCAAGUCAUUUUUCUGUAUAUGUAGAUUUUUACAUUCAGUCUCUACCUUUACUGACAGUUACUCAAUUCAUUUCACAUAGCUGCUCCCUUCAGCUCUAUCAGAUAUUGUUCUUAUGUACAAAUCCUUUAAACAUUGACACACUUUCCACUAUGUUACAAACUGUUUCUUCUAAUCAAUGUUGUAAAUACAGUUUUUUUUUUUUGUGUUAAGAGUUCAGUUACAUGCACAACUAUAGCACUUCUGUCCAUCCUGAGAGGGAGAUCCUCACAUGUGGCUCUCCAAGGUUUCUAUGUUUGUUCCAUCGUUAAAAAGGUUCUUUUGGUAGCUUUUUUCUAAGUCUUGUAAAGGACGGAGGAGGUUGCACCUUGUUAAGCCCUAUGAGACAAUUUGUGAAAAUGGGCUAUACAAAUAAAAUUGUAUUGAUUAUGUAA